AUGUCGACGGUUGAAGAGCAGCGGGUCAUCGAGCUCUAUAAGUACUAUCUCUCGGACCACGUAUCAGAUGAGGAACUUGUCUCGCAGCCGGGAGAGACAGACACGUCUCCCUCCAAACCAAUUGACUUUGGCGCACAAGUAAUCGGCACUGGAAUAGACGAGACAAGCCAGAUCUCCUCGCCUCAUACAACAUUGACCGCACUAUGCCAGCUGGCCGCUAUUCGGCUAGGUGUACAGCGUGUUGGCAUCUCGCUUGUAGCUCAGCACGCACAAUACAUCCUUGCUGAGUCGACGCGGACACUCAAUCUCCGCGAUAGCACAAAAAGUGAUGAGGCAGAAGAUAGUCUUUGGAUGGGUCUUACGCAGUGCAAUCGCAUAGGGAAUCUUUGCGAAAACACCAUCUGCUUACCGGCGGCGCGUGAUGCCGAUGUUCCACUGUGCUUUGUCGUUCCUGAUUUGCGUCAGGAUCCACGAUUUCGCCAUGCACCCUAUGUGGCUGGAAGGCCCUUCCUAAAAUUCUAUUGUGGUACUCCUAUCACAACAGCUAGCAAUUUCAAUAUUGGGUCAUUCUGGGUUCUUGAUGAUCGAUUGCUCUCGGAAUUCACGUCAGACCAAAAAAGAUUGUUCGGGACAAUAUCGUCUUUGGUGAUGCGGCAAUUAGAAAUGUAUCGUGAAGUAGCAGAGCGGCAAAGAGCUAUGAAGAUGGGCCAAGCGUUGUCGAGUUUCGUAGAGGGCAAAGUACCUAUUCCUCGUCCGCAAACUCAUAAGCAGGAGUCUCCGUUUGAUGAGCCAUCGAAAGCUACUUACGAUCCAGCCGAUGAUUCUACAUCAAGAUCAGCAAUAACAGCCCCUCAGGACCACGCUUACGAUCGCGAACAAGUACAGAAUUCCCGUUUGGUUACCUUAAAGGAAGAUAGUAGUAUGGAUUCUCAGGAUACCUCCUCGACCAGUGUGCAUAGUAGCUUUUCCGAUGAGUCUGAGCCCGAGGAAAACAUCGACCUGACCUUCGCUCGAGCGGCCUAUUUGAUCAGAGAAGCUUUGGAUGUCCAAUGUUGCGUGUUUCUUGACUCGGCCUCCAGCCAGGUCACGGACUCUACUGGCGAUUCGAAUAAAGGACUCGAUAGAAUGGACUCGAUCUCAAAAAUUGUCCAUGCUCGUGGUAGACGCGUCAGGGAAGCUGCAAACAAUGGUGCUGCCACAUGGAGCACGGCAAAUGACGGAGUCUCUGCUGAGGUUCUUGCAUAUGCAGCUGACAGCGGUUCAUCCCUUGGUUGUGAUAGUCCAGCGAGUGGCAAUGAUUUCCAGCCUAUCGAUGCUGGGCUUCUCGACGGUCUGACGAAGCGAUAUCCCAACGGUACAAUGUGGACAUUUGGCGAAGCUGGCCUGAUAACGCCUCCUGAAAACAUCCGUCCUGCGCAACUUUCUGGUAGGCGAGCAUCCAGCUCUAGCGUCAAAGCAUGGAAACGCCAACGUGAAUCUGACGCAGCGUCAUUGAAGCCUUAUUUCCCUCAUGCACGGCAACUGAUAUUCGCUCCCCUGUUUGAUGCAGCUGUGGAGCGACUAACGGCUGGUUGCUUCGCUUUCACCAGCCGUCGUUCGCGCGUGAUGACCGUGGAAAGCGAAGUCGUCUUUCUAAAGACUUUCGUCAACAAUGUGGGUGCCGAAAUUAGCCGUAUGAAUACCAUUGCAGCGGAUCGAUCUAAGAGCGACUUUAUUGGUAGUAUCAGUCAUGAGUUAAGAUCACCCUUACACGGGCUCCUUGCAGCAGCCGAAUUCCUGGAAGAAACUCAAUUGGACAGCUAUCAAAAAAGCCUCAUAGCGACCCAGGUCAGCUGUGGAAAGACGCUCCUUCAGGUCAUCGAACAUGUCUUGGACUUCUCCAAGAUCAACAGUCUUGCACAUGACGAACCCACGACCAGAGAGCAGGACAAGAAACGGAUGCUUGGAACCAAGAUACAAGCACUCUCUGUAGUGACUGAUAUCGCCGAAUUGUUUGAAGAGGUUAUAGAGGGCUCGGUUGCUGGGAAAGACCAUAUUGUUCGGGAUACCGCGGCGCUCAAUUCUCGACCAUCCUCGAGGAGCAUGUCGACAGAUGAUUUGGCCCAAAAAUUACAGCACAAUUCGUUGCAGAUCCCUUCUUCCAAAGAUGUCUACGAAAGGGUAGCUGUGUUACUAGACUUUGAUUACCAAAAAGACUGGACUUUCACCACGCAGCCGGGAGCAUUACGACGCAUCCUGAUGAAUGUCUUAGGCAAUGCAUUGAAAUACACUGACUCGGGUUAUGUCAAGAUUCGCUUGUCCAUGGCUGAACCUGAGAUAAUAGAGAAUGCUGACAGUCCUUCAAUGAUCACUCUUUCUGUCGCUGACACUGGAAAAGGCAUCUCAAAAUCCUUUUUGAGGACGCGACUGUUCCGGCCUUUUAACCAGGAGGAUCACCUUUCCACUGGCUGUGGUCUGGGCCUGUCAAUUGUCAAGUCACUUGUGGCUUCGCUGAAAGGAACACUUCAAAUCCAGUCAGAACAAGGUGUUGGUACUACGGUUAGUAUAAAAUUGCCUCUCAUUCGUGGAAAGCAGAACUCUGCUAGACAUACACCUUUAGGAUUGUCGCAUUCCGACACGCAAUUUGUGUCACCGCUCUCUAUCAUAUCUCCAACGGUAGCUGUACUACGCCCAGUCAAGCGCGGCUCUGCUCCUGGGGGUCAUGUCGUCGGAAAUGAUGCCGCAGUCCGUGAAGAAAUAAGGACCUCAGUGUUGAAGACCAUGCUUAAUUGGCUGCAGAUGAGGCCUUUCGACCCCACCGAAGAAACUGGAUAUGCAGAAUAUGUCAUCUUCCUUGCCGACGAGAUAUCAGCUAUUGAAAUUGACCAAAGCAUGAAAGAUUCGAAGGCUAUUGCACUUCUCCCUCAUAAUCUCACAAAGGGUGGAACUGAGGAUUGGUUAGCUCGGAACUUCUCGAGUUUUGAAACCAUUACUGCGCCGUUCGGCCCUCGCAAAUUAGCCAGAACGGUCGCUGCGUAUGCAGAUAAUACUCCCAGUCAAUCGAAAAGCCCAAGAAGGAAAUUUGGAGCCUGUGUCUUGAAUCAGGCCGAGUCAGACGAUGCAGAGACUCCGUCAGCAGCUGGUCGAAGUCAGAAAACGCUAUUCGGAAAGACACAAGAUGUUGAUGCAAUCAAUCCUAACCCUCAUUCGAUUCAAGCAGUCCGCGGACUCACUGAGAUUACAAACUGUGCACAUACAGAAUAUGAAAAGGUUGAAGCAUCAGAUAUGGGUAGGACAAGCGACCAGUCCAGUUCCGUGACACAGACGGAUGGGGUGGAGAACCUACUACCACAGACUAAGCAGGAGGACAUUUCUGACCAUAGAGCAGUCGCUAGAAAGGACUGCGCUCGCCUCCUUCUCGUUGACGACAACAAGAUCAACCUCAAUCUCCUCGAGACAUUUGUUAAAAGACACAAACGCAAACCAGCGUACGAUAGUGCAGAGAACGGGCAUUUAGCAGUGAAUGCAGCCCGACAAAACCACUCAGGAUAUGAUCUCAUUUUCAUGGACGUCAGUAUGCCUGUCAUGGACGGCUUGCAAGCUACCCGUGAGAUACGAAAACUAGAAAAAGAACGAGUGGCCGAAAUGGGAGAGGCUGCUGCUCCACCUCCAGCUCUAAUCGUUGCCCUGACAGGCUUGGCUGAUGGCCGCAAUCAAGAAGAUGCUUUUGCCAGCGGAGUCGACCUCUUCAUGACUAAACCGACAAAGUUCAAGGAGAUUGGAAGCUUGAUUGAGGAGUGGUAUGGGAAGGCAGCGCAGACUACUAGAGUUCGGUCAAGUGAAUCACCAAACGAUUGA